ACACCUUCUCACACAAUCACACCCACUCGCCACUAAGAAUCAAUCAUGGCGGCAUCAGGAGAGCCGUUCUAUCUCCGAUAUUACUCAGGUCAUUCCGGUCGCUUUGGGCAUGAAUUCCUCGAGUUCGAUUUUCGGGUGGUUGGGGAUGGGCGAUCAGCGACAGCACGAUAUGCCAAUAACUCCAACUACCGCAACGACUCACUGAUCCGAAAGGAGAUGUGUGUAAGCUCUCUUAUGAUCCAAGAGAUCAAGCGCAUCAUCAAGGAGAGCGAGAUCAUGAAGGAAGACGACACGAAAUGGCCGCAGAAGAACAAAGACGGCCGGCAGGAGCUGGAGAUUCGGCUAGGCAGCGAACACAUCUCGUUCGAGACUGCCAAGAUCGGAUCUUUGGUCGAUGUCAACGAGUCUGAAGACCCAGAAGGCCUACGGGUGUUCUACUAUCUGGUACAAGAUCUCAAGGCCCUGGUCUUCUCACUCAUCUCGCUGCACUUCAAGAUCAAACCAAUCUGAAUUGGCCGAGCAUGAGCGCAGCCAGUGUGAGGAGUGACUACAAUGGCCGAGUGCGGCCAACGCAAGGACAGUCGCAGUGGUGUGCGCUGGACGGGCGCUCAGAACAGACAUGGGGAGGAUGGGUUCUGCCAGGGCGGGUCAAGGCAAGCAGGCAAACCGCGUUGCCUAUCGCAUUGGAUGCCAAGAAAUGGGAUCAAGGUUAGAGUUCGGCAGAGUCCGGGGCAAGGCGAUGAUGAGAUGCGAGAGGCCAAAGGGCUGAAGGACCUUCGGAACGUCAUUCCUGCAC